AUGGCCUCCAGACUGGGAUCUCACCUAGCCCGGACUGCUCAAACUUGUUGGCGAAGAAAUUUCACCCAGACCACUCCUCUACUCCACCAAUUUCGCCAUUUCCAUAAUUCGCGUCCCUUCUUGGCCCCUCGUUCGGAAGAAGUUAUCUCAGACGAAGACGCUCUGGACAUAUUCGACGAUACAUUCGAGGAUGACGAUACAGCCAGCGCAGGGCACAUAAUGCUUAGAGAGCAAAGGCAAACUCUCUACUAUCUUCGACUCAUUGAACACGAGAUGCCGAAGCUAGUUGCCUAUCGAAAACCAUUCAAACCCCUCAAAUCAGACGCUUUGAUUGUUCGUUCUCUGGAUUAUGGUGGGGAGGAGCACCCUGCAACAAAGAAACGAGUAAUUGUGGUCGCUGUCGACGAUCUACCGCUACGAAAUGAAACCGCUAUUCACAAGUUCAAGCUCCUGGCUGGCCCGAGAUGGAUGCUUCGACCCCCUGCAGAUUCUGGUGCUAGUGGUAUCACAAAUUGGGGUAACGGUUUCAUCAAGGUUUCUUGCGAGGACUUUCCACAGGCAACACAAAAUCUGAAAUGGGCGAGCGAUACUCUGGAUAAGCUGAUAGCGGAGGCUAAUAACCUCAAAGAAUCAUUCAAUGAUAUUCCCAUAGACGUACGGCACAUAUAUUCGAAGGCGCGGAAGGGAAAGAAAGGAGAACACCUUCGUGGUCGUGUCUACAAUCGACCGACUAUCCGCGACUUUCCAAACGAAUGGCUACCUGACUCUGAUCCUGCUGAUACUCACCCAUAG